AUGGCCAACGAACCAAGUCCAGCAGAAUUAAGGAAGCUUCAGAGGGAGAGGAGGGCUGCUAAGAUGGCCAGGGGAAGCACCAGAUUGAACAAAAUCCUAGGGUCGCCUGAUAUAAAACAUGAAAGUGAAAUAGAUGAUACUAAGGAAAAUGGAGCAUCUUCAAUCGGGAAAGACGAUAUAAUAACAGCUGCUUCCACGGGCAAAAGUGAUCACCAAGAGCAGAAUGUAAGAUCAAGAUCUGACAAGAAUAGCGGAGAUAGAAUCAGCGUCAUACUGAAUCAAGACGUGGACGAUGAUCCACCUGUGUCUGGAUUGGAUGGGCUUGAAACUAUUGAACCAGAGAUCUCCCUUGAAAGUGUAGACUCUCCGCUACAAGAGUUUGGGUCUGAUGAGAAUAUAGAACAAGAGAUGGAGAAGCUUUUGAACAAAAUACUACAGAACUCCGCACAUGAUACAUCCCAUCCGCAUGCGCAUGGUCAGGGUAUAACCGAUAACACAAAUGCUAUGUUCAAUGGAGACAUGGCGUCUAUGUUCCCUGGCUUGAAACCGGGUAUGGGUCCUACAGGGUUCGGUGCUAUGCCUGCUCAGCCUGCUAAAUCAAAAUUGGAUAUUGCCAAAGCAAAAGUGUAUCAGUCAGGCUAUGCAGUGAUCAGGUUCAUUAUAGUGUGGGUUCUCGUUUCUAAUCACAUUGAGCGUUCUUCAUUCACUUCGGGAUUUGUUUUCCCCCAAGGUUCCCGUCUAUGGCUCCAUUUCCUAAGUACAGAGGCUGUAUUAGGUGCAAUCUACCUACUUUUGAGUUAUCUUCAUAUAUUUCCAAGUCACACUAUCAUGUCAUUUGAUAUUAGUGGAUUUGGAUAUCCUAAUUCCAUAUUAACAUCUUACGGUUUGGUCAAGAGCUUUUUUACUGACUUUUGUUUCAUGAUAGUCGUGCUUGGCUUCUACUUCUAUUUCGGCGCUUGA